CUUGAUGACGUAAAGUCAUUUCUGUUUAGUGAUACCGCGAAGUGGGUUCUCGGACAUUGAACGGAUCGUCUCCACUGACGGAAACUACCGGGUAAUUGCUGGUAACUUCGUGUGCAUCAUUCGAGGAUUUAUACCGAUCACGUGUAAGGAUUUCUUGUCGUUUCUGUGCCGUUUGGGACCUGUUUUCGGUCGGAUUUUUGUAACUUGGGAAAAGUUGCUCACCGCAAACCGCAUAGGUACAGUGGCCACCGCAUAGCUUUUACCGUUUGUGGAGUGGUAGUGUGCAUUGACUGUGCACAGGUGGAGUGCGCGCCAUUCAAAUACACACGCAUGAAUGACUCCGUACUGUAAACAUGGGGUUUUGUUAAAACCAAAGUGUGAGCUUUUUUUGCAGAACUGAAAGUGCUAAAAUGUUGAGAACCGUUCCCACGAGAAACAAGCCUUUGGAUUAAUUCUCUUUGUAAUUUAGAAAGUACGGAGCCGCGGCUAGGAUUAUUCCUCAUCAUGAUUUUGCCUGGAAUUUCACCGAUUGGUUAGGGUGGAGACAUGGGAAAAGAUAUGGAGUUACUGAAAGCCGUGAAGGAAGAGGAUAUUGCGCAGGUUCAGCGGAUUGUCGCCAAAGUUAAGGCGAAACAAAAAAAACAAGGCACGAUAAAACGAUCACUCGUGAAUCACCAGGACGAGGAUGGAUUCUCUGCUCUUCACCAUGCCGCUCUCAAUAGCAACUGCAACAUCAUGGCCGCCUUACUGGAUUGCAACCAAAUCUCAGUGGACAUCAAGGACAACAAAGGGAUGCGGCCUCUACACUAUGCAGCCUGGCAGGGCAAGGUGCAACCGGUCUACCUCCUAGUCAAGUUUGGCUCCGCUCCCAACGAUGGUUCUCAAGAUGGCGAAACGCCGCUGCAUCUUGCUUCCCAGCAUGGGAGCCACAUGGUGGUGGACACCCUCCUCCAGUUCAAAGCCAACCCCACCCUCAAGAACAAGAGCGGCAAGACGGCGUUGGACCUGGCGGCUGAGUUUGGCCGACUGAAGGUGGUCCAGCUGCUGAUGAACAGCAACCAGUCGACCGCGCUGCUGGACUUCCCGUCCAGGACCCGGGUCAGCAUGCACACCCCGCUCCACGUGGCUGCCAAGAACGGACACAGCGACGUCAUCAGAGUUCUGCUGGAAUAUGGUAUUGACAUAAACAGAGAGACGCCCAAUGGUACAGCACUACACGAGGCAGCGUUAGCUGGAAAAUCAGAAGUUGUCAAACUACUUAUAGCUAGUGGCAUCGACGUCUACAAGAAGAACUCUCACGGCCAGACAGCACUUGACAUUGUAAAUAAAUUCACUCCCACCCGAGCCGCUCAGGAUAUCAAGCAGCUGCUACGAGAAUCCAUCGGUGGUUCCCAUGCAAGGGCGCUACAGGAUUAUAUCCGUAUUCACGACCGAUCGGCACUCUCGUUCAAAGCAGGGGACAUCAUAUCGAUUCUCGAGCGGAACCCAGACGGCAAGUGGAAAGGUUCCAUCGCUAAAGGCAACGUAGAAUCCAUCGGUUACUUCCCAUCGUCACACGUCGAGCUCCUUACAAGACCCAUCUCAACAAGUAAGUCAAACCAUUCGCUUUCACUUUUAAACCAAGAAUACCUUGUGACAUUUGAAUUUAUCUUUUACUAUUCAACAACUUUCUGGAACAAGUAUCUUGGUUUGCUUUUGUCUUCUUCGUGACGGAUGUCAUGCCUUUAAAAUGACAUGGAAGUGUUAACUAUUUAAGUUUAACUGUACAUGUAGUAUCAACCAACUGGUUGGAAGAUCUAAGUCUGUGAGAGUACAAUAGCGCCACCUGUUGUCCACUUUUGGUAAGGCUUUAUUCCAUGAAAUAGCUUCAUGGAGACCACUUGAAUUAUAAAUAGCACCCUCAUGUGGUGGUAUGCAGCCAGUGUGUCAUCCGCACUACACCAUGUGUGUUUAUCAUAUCGCUAUCCUGUGGCCAGGCCAGCCCUCUCUGAGCGUAACUCCUACAUUGGCCUAUUAGACAUUCUUCCACAUUGCUGAUCAUCGAUCAUCCACUUCAUUUAACCGACGAAUAUUAAUUCCGGGGGACGCAAGACUUGGAACAGUUUCUGGGCCGGCCGGCCGAGCUGGAAGUUAUAAAUAAAAUAAAAAAAUCUGGGGUCAGAAGAGUGUUGCCUCAUCGUGCCAGGCAUGUGCCACGCAUUCCUGUCAUUCUAGAAAGGGAAAAAAAAAACGGGACUAGAGAGUUUAGCUUGGCCAUCUGUAAGACUUUUGCAAGAUCUCUGGCUGGAAAUCCGGGAUAACUUAUCUGGCAGCUCAGCCCGGCUGGAAUACGCGUGUUUGAUUCUUCUGCGGAUGUUUUCUUAAGUGACUUGCGAUGGGCUGACAGGCGAUACAUGUUAGCAGACUGUGCUUAACAAUGCCUACAAAGCAGAAACAUUGGCAGUGGGGUAUGUACAACUUGUAGAUAAUUGUUUUGUUUUAGAGUUUACUGUUACGGCUUUGUGUUUACAAGCACCAACCGAGGCGUACUUUGUUUAAAAGAUCCGGUAACAAAGUUUGAGUUUGUAGGAACACGGAUCUGUCCAGUCUCAAGUGAGUGAUAGGAUGGAAAGUUGUUUUUUGUAAGGAGUUGAAACAUUUUAAUCAUGUUAGAAUUGAUUUUCUACAUCUCGUAAUUUGCCCAUCUGUUAGUUUGAAAUGUCCAGGAUUCAUGUUUUUGUAUUUUAUUAUUAUUUUCAAUCAGCUACCGGUAUUGUCCUUGUUUUUCCCGGCAAUUUAAAAUUUAUGUCAUUAAAAACUGAGAAAAACAGUAGAACUUCUUGAGCAGCUCAGAAUUUCCAUUUUUUGUUCAACCUGCCUAAUAAAUUGCUU